AUGGCGACGGAGUACGAGCGCAAAAGACUAGAGAACAUCAAACGGAACGAUGAGAUGUUGGCGGCUCUCAAUGUUCAAGCCAAAGCUUCUCUUCUCUCCGCCGCAACCAAACGCCCUCGAGCUUACUCUAAGAAGAAGAAGAAGAAACCUGAAACGCCCAUUGUUAUACGGAAGUCUCUACGCAGCAGAGGAUUGGAUCCAGAUGGGUCUUCAGAUAAACCCAAACGUGUGGCUCCUCCACUGAACGCAUCGCCUCCGGUAUUGGAUCCUCUAGUCUUCGAUGAAGCUUAUAGUGGAAACGGUUCGUAUACGCAAUUCGCUGAGACUUUUUUGUCUAUUGCCGUUAAACAAUCUUGUAGAGUAAAAUUGGUUAAGGAUGAGGAUGAGUCUCCUAUGGUGAGGAGAAGAACUAGAAGCUCUGCUCUCAAAUCUAAUGUUGCUGUCAAAAAGGAAAGGUCAGAUUUUGAUUCUGAUUUUCCGGUUAAGCCUGAGAUAAUCGAGUCCGAGAGUGGUUUUGAUAUCGGAUCGUUGAGUCUAGAGCCGCAUAACGUAGCAAGUGUUGUCCCUGGGAGGAUUUUGGUUGUAAAGUUCUUACCUUGCGAAGAUGUUAAGAUGGUUGCUGCUGGGGACAAACUUGGGAAUGUUGGAUUUUGGAGUUUGGAUUCCGAAAAUGAGGAUCAGAUACAUCUGUUCCAGCCUCACACUGCCCCAGUUACAUCUCUAGUGUUUCAACAAAACUCUUUCUCAAAGGUUAUUAGCAGCAGCUACGAUGGUCUAGUCCGGUUGAUGGAUGUUGAGAAGUUGGUUUUUGAUGUGGUUUGUUCGAGCGAUGAUCCUAUAAUAUCUCUCUCGCAGAGACCAAAUGAUGAGCAAAGCUUAUACAUUGGUGACGGAUAUGGAAUGUUGAAUGUAUGGGACCUCCGAGCAGGAAAAUCUGUUUCCCAUUGGAGAUUACAUGGAGCUUGGAUAAACUCUAUAGACUUCAACCCGCAAAAUCCCAGUGUCAUGGCUACAAGCUCCACAGAUAGGACUGCUUGCCUUUGGGAUUUGAGAAGCAUGGGAGCAACAAAACCAACAACAUUGAGGACUGUAAGUCAUCGCAAGGCUGUGCACUCUGCUUACUUCUCUCCUUCUGGCCUUUCUCUUGCAACUACGUUCCUUGACAACUAUGUUGGUAUUCUAAGCGGGGCCAAUUAUGAGGAUAGUUCCAUGAUAUAUCAUGACAAUAGCACCAACUUGUGGAUCUCCAGUUUCAGGGGAGUGUGGGGAUGGGAUGAUUCAUACAUCUUUGUGGGGAAUCAGUCAAAAAGAAUGGAUGUGAUCUCUCCAAAACUAAAGUAUGAAAUCUGUUCCAUGCAGAAUCCAUUGCCAUCCUCUUAA